CUGACCCCACCCUCGUUCAGAAAAGGUGCAGCAGGAGUGAAAAUGCUGUGGAGGGUGUCUCUCGCCGUGGCCGUGGUGUGUGUCGGCAGCAUUUGCAACAGCUGUGUGAGGGCUGAUGUGAUGGGCAGACUGAUUGUCCCCAGGGACUACGGGGUAAAACUGUGUGGAAGAGAGUUCAUCAGAGCCGUCAUCUUCACCUGCGGCGGCUCCCGCUGGAAACGGUCUGCAGACCUGGAGCCCUUCCAGUGGACUUCCCUCAGUGGCAUCACGGUGGAGGACAGCCAGCAGACUCGGCAGCGUGAUGCAGAGCUCCCCGAUACCUACUCUCAGCUCCCCGUCGCCUCCUCGUACUCCCUGGCAGACCUCCUGACCCUUUACAGGGCGACUGGCAAUAGGCAGCAGCCCUCUCCGAGCCGAGCCGGGCAGUACACGGUCUUAGACGAACAAGCGGAGAACCGAGACGCGGCUGAAAGGCUCUUAUCAAAUAAGAAGAAGAGGAACUUUUCUCUGGGAGUGGCAGGGAUGUGCUGCAACCAGGGCUGCACAAAAAAUGAUAUUGGACGCUUGUGCUAAGGCAGAGCUCGGGAGGGAGAAGGGAUGUGUGAUGACAGACGGGCUGUUUGAGUCCUGAGAAGAUGCAGAGCUGAAAGAUGGAGGGUCUAGAGAGAGCCGUUACUUCUUGAUUCAGAGAAAUGUGCAGAGGACAGUUAACCACUCCAGUGCAGCUUCACGCAUCUAUCAUGUAUUAUUAUUCCUUAUUUGAUAUUUUGUUGAUCAUGCUCUACAUGUACUGUAUGUCACCCUGCAUCCUGCUAGAAAUGUCAACACUGUUAAUACUGACACUGUUGCAGAUUUAAUGUCUUUAACAAUCAACAGCUUUUUUUUUGGCCUGGAGACUGACUUAAUAAAG